AUGGCGCCGAAGCAACAAGCCCACGUCCGUCAAGAAAGCGACGAGAGGGGACGUAUGGCCGUCGAGGCAUUGAUCGUACAAAUGGAGGAGGCCGACGAACCGAUGCAUGGCCCGUUUUUCGACAUGUCCGGUAAGCCCCGGGCGGCGUUGAACGAGUUUCCCUGCCCUGUCGCUAAUCCCAUACGUCGGGACGUUCGCACUUCGUCGCCCACAGACUACGAUCCUCACCUCGCAACACCACCUGAUCUUCUACAUAUACUGCUCCUUGGAAUGGUCAAGUACCUUUGGGUAUCAACUACCACGAAGCGAAGUGCGGACGAGAAGCAGGAGCUGAUCAGUUGGCUCGCGACCCAAUCGAGCUGUGGCCUUGGCGAACAAAUCAAGGGCGAAUUUUACGUCCGGGCUUCGGCAUCCUGUGUCGGCAAGGACUAUAGGUUCAUCGCUCAGAUUUUCCCCCUGGUCGCCUACUUUUUUCAGCAACGCAUGUGGCUCUCGUUCAACGCCGUCCGGGGCUUACCGGGCACGUCGAAAAAAGGGCCAUGCAUCGGUUCGUUGGCCUUCUCCGUUUGUAUGAUCAAUGCCUCGACGGCCAUACGUCCCCUCUCCAAAGGUGCUCGUCCGUUGACAUUUGAGAGAGGGGCGACCUUCGGCUGA